AUGGAUGUGAAGAAAGUAAUAAUCGAUGUAGAUGUCGGUACAGACGACGCGUGGGCAUUGGUACUGUUGUUGAACGGUGAAGCCAGGUAUAACUACAAAGUCGUAGCGAUAACCUGCGUGCACGGAAACACUAACGUAGACAAUGUGGUGUCGAAUACGCUGUCCCUUCUGUCGGUAAUGGGACGAACGGAUGUGCCGGUGUUUAAGGGUGUCGACGAGCCGUUGUUGCCGCCUGCCGUGCCACAUGUUGGCGGUAAUUUUCACGGUGAGAACGGAUUCGGUGACAUCCAAUUCGACCAUGAGGUCAACCGAGCACCCUUACAAGAGGAGCACGCGGUUUCAGCGAUUUGUCGCCUGGUGGAAGAACACGCGGGCAAUAUCGAUCUGCUAUUUGUUGGGCCACUGACGAACUUGGCGCUGUGCUUGAAGAUUAAACCGCAGGUGUUCGAUCAGCUGUCGCAUCUUUAUAUUAUGGGAGGUAACCGGAAGGGCAUCGGCAACGUGACGGCUGCUGCUGAGUUCAACUUCCAUAGUGAUCCGGAAGCGGCCUGCAUUGUGCUGCGGAAGAUACAUCGCCCGAUCACGAUUAUGCCGUGGGAAACGUGCGUGUCCCAGUCAGAACAGCUGCCGAUGGCUUGGCGGAUGAAGGACCUCGGAGCGGGCGACUUGUCACCACGUGCUGUGGCCUUGUUGGCAUUGCUAGACGCGAUAGAGCAAAAGGUGUACGGUGAUAGACCACGGUGGAUGCCGUGUGACGCAUUUCUUGUUGCUGCGUACCAGAAACCACCAUGUGCUAAAUACGAUGCACUGUGUCCGGUUGAUGUGGAACUGCAGGGUGCUCUCACACGUGGCCAGAUGGUGUUGAACCGGAGCAAGUCUGGGACAGGCAACGUGCACGUCAUAAGAGAUCUCGAAGAUGGUGCGUUUAAAGAACUAUGCCGAUCAGCGCUUGACGAUUUAUCUUCGAAUUAA